AUGGAGGAAAAAAUUACAGUUCAAGUCAAUGAUGAUGAUACGCCCGUCCUUAUCAAACUUACAUUAGAUGCAAAACUUGCCGAGAUACGUAAAAUACUUGCUGACAAGCCUGAUAUAAGAAUGGGCGAUAAAGUUUAUUUUUUGGACCUAUCUCGCAAAUAUAAUCCAAAAAUACCGCAUGAAGACGAAGAGGAACAUUGUUUAAAAGAUAUUCUUGGCUGUCAUAAGAAUUUAAAGAUCACGGGUAAUAUCGAACCACAAUGGACAGAGAUUAUAGUAAAUAAUUCUCUUGAAUAUGGGGUAUUUUUUAAGGAGGAUGGACCGGAAUAUGCUACGAAAAGAAAAGCUUUCAAGAUUUUACAAGUUCCCGAGUCUAUUUUACCGGAUCCAAUUAGUUUUGACAAGGAGAGGAUUUGCAAGACAGAAAUCGAUGAAAUUUAUUUGAAAAAUUUAUUUGCAACGACAAAGUUCGGAGGGAAAUUGCCACACUUUCCUUCUAUUGCAACAACUGAUGGCUCUUACAUCUCGAAAUCCGAGAUCCACAGAAACAAUGCAAAAUUCGAGAGAUACUGUACGUCAGUAAGAAUAAACGCAGUAUUUAACAUGACCAAAACUGAAAUUGAACCCACAGACGAAUUCGUUUCGGCAGUCGAUGAGGCACUCAAAUCAAUAGAUCCAUGCCAAUCUCUUAAACAAGUUACCGAAGCUUUUGGAGAAUAUUGGUGUGAAGAAGUUAAGCUUGGUGGAAGCAUUUUAUAUGUUAAUAAAAAAGAAUCAAAAGUUAAAGAAACAGCUGAUUCUAAAGAUCAAAACGCAUCUGCAGGUUUAAAUUCAAAUGAUGCUAUUCAAGUUGGAGCAAGUAUGGGAAAAAAUCAAGAAAAAAAGACUUCGAAUUCAUUGGAAAAGGAAUAUUCAUUUAUGAAAAUACGAGGAGGCUCAGAAACAAAACUUCACAAGAAAGGUAUUCCUGAAUGGCUAAAAUCCCUAAGGAAUUAUAAGAAAUGGCGUGUGAUAGAAUAUUCGAAAAUUCAUUCCAUAUUUGAUAUUCUUGCUAAAGAAAAACAAGAAAAAGUAGCAGAAGCUUUUGGAGAGCGAAUUAUUGAUUCGCAAGUUCUAAAAUUAGAUAUCAUAAUGGACAUUUCUAAACCGGAUCCAUUUGUAUAUGAGAUCCCGAAAAAAUAUGAUUUAACAAACUAUAAAAUUUUUAUUACGGAAAUGAAAGAUGAUAAAUCUGAUACAAUAUUUGCAUCUCGAGUUCAUUAUUAUGCCGAUAGCGAUAAAAAACAACCAAUAAUUGCCGAUAGCGAUAAAGACCAAUCAGUAAUUGCCGAUAACGAUAAAGAGCAGCUAUUAAUUACCGAUAACGAUAAAGAACAAUCAUUAAUUGCCGAUAACAAUAAAAAACAACCAGUAAUUCUAUUGCAUCGACUUGGAAAGUUAAAAAAACAAUCAGAACUCCGAAAGUUUUCAGUGAAAUUGGGUUUGAUCUUACUCGGUACAUCAACCAAAUUGAAUCUUCCUGGGCAAAAUUCCUCACAGCUAGAAUUUGAGAGCGGUGAAUCACCAAUCACAGUGAAUAACGCGAAUAAUAAGUGCUCAGCAGAUAUCCCAACACACCAAAUUAAUCUAAAUACAAGUCUUUUGGCCACUUUUGUUUCAAGAUCAAACGAUUUGCAUGAUAAGUUUCCUACUUCGAAACAUAUUGCCAGAGCCCAUUUUGUUAAUAAAAACGAUUCCAUUGAAGCUUGUGCAUUUUACUAUGAUCUUGAAAGUAGAAAACUGGAUUAUCAGUUUGCGCUAAAAGAUAGAACUGUAGAGUUUUUGAUCAAUUACAGUAUAAUUUCUGGACAAGUAGGAGAAAUUAAAUUUGGCCGGGCUCCAAUAAAGAAAUUUACCAAAUCUAUAAGCAGACGAUUAACUCGUUCAAAAAGAUUCAAAAUUCUAUUCGAUGACUAUCUUGAUUUAGCUCGAAAGUCUUGCUUAGAAAACCCGAUUUUUGUUAAUUUGCUCCUUAACGAAUGUCCAGAAAACUGUCCCCAUGGAGUCUUUAAUAUUACACUUGAUCAUGCGGCAUUUAAGACUAUUAUUAAUAGUUCGGGUUUACAAAGUGCACAAAUAGCAUAUUUUAGUGUUCAAACUUUUAAAGAUAAUGAAUAA